AACAGUGUCUAAAAAAAAAAUUACAAUAGAAAUGGACAAAAAUACAUUGAUUAAUGCAUGCAUUGAAUUAGUUUCUGAAAAUGGACGACCAUUGUCUAUUUUAGAAGACAGCGGGUUUAAAAAAAUUUUGAACCCUUUAUUAAAAGCUAUUGAACCAGGAUUUUCCAUUAAUCGCCACAAUAUAAAAAAUGAAAUUGAACUAAAAUACAAUAAUAUGAUUAUUAGUAUAAAAAAAGAAUUGAAAAAUAGACUUAUUUGUUUAAAAGUUGAUGGCGUGACAAGACUGGACAGAUGCAUUUUAGGAAUAAAUUGCCAGUAUUUUAGUGAUGGCAAAAUUAAAAUCCUAACUUUAGGAUUGAUUCAACUUUUGGACAAGCACACUGGCAGUUAUUUAAAAGAAAUGUUGAACCUGAUACACAAGAAGAAGUAG